AUGGGAAAGGAAAUGAAGUUGUUGGCAUCCUUCACUGAGUUUGCACCCGCUCCAGUGAUUCUCGUGAGAAAGGUUUCACAUGCUCCUGUGUUAGAAACCAUUGUCGAAGAGGCUGAAGAAUGUGACCAAGAAAUGGCAUCCAACAGGGGUCAAGGUGGAAUUCAACAGUUGUUGGCUGCUGAACAAGAGGCACAACGGAUUGUGAAUGCUGCAAAAAAUGAAAAAUUGGCUAGGUUGAAACAAGCCAAGGAAGAGGCUGAAAAAGAGAUUGCCGAAUACCGAGCUCAACUGGAGCGUGAGUUUCAAAAAAAAGUUUCAGACAGUACUGGUGAUUCUGGAGCUAAUGUCAAGCGGCUUGAGCAAGAGACUGAAGCAAAAAUUGAGAACCUGAAAACGGAGGCUGCAAAAAUUUCGGAUGAUGUUGUCGCCAUGCUUCUCAAGUAUGUCACAAGUGUGAAAAAUUAG